CUGGGGGGCGUGUUGUCCGGAGCACUGUCGCUGGAACGCGGGGGCCGCCCCCUCCGCCCCAGCGCAUCCCCGGUGCUCCCCACGUCACCCCCAGACCUCUGUUGGCGACCCUCCGACGACUCCUGAAAGAACGUAUCGGGCACGCGAAAUGGCUCGCUGCGGUGAAACGACUUGGUUUUUUUAAGGGUGGGAAAGGGAUCGCUGGGAAGCGAAGAGGGUUCACGGGACAAGCAGCAGACUGGACAGAACGGGCAGAGAUCGAGUGCGUGCGGGCUGCGAGGCGUUGGCGUCCAGCGCGCCUCGGAAUCUCCGGCUCCCAGAGCAGCGCGCCCAAUGGAGUGGGCGCUAAACUGAACCUGGACAUGACCAGAAAGAUCUUCACAAAUACCAGGGAGCGGUGGAGGCAGCAGAAUGUCAACAGCGCCUUCGCCAAGCUGAGGAAGCUCAUUCCCACUCACCCGCCAGACAAGAAGCUGAGCAAAAAUGAAACACUUCGCUUGGCAAUGAGGUAUAUCAACUUCUUGGUCAAGGUCUUGGGAGAGCAAAGCCGACAGCAAACAGGAGUAGCUGCUCAGGGAAGCGUUCUGGGGCUCUUUCCCCAAGGGCCCCACCUGCCAGAUGUGGAUGACAGAACUCUGCUCUACAGAAACUCUGACUACAGAGUUUCUUCCCCUGGCCCAAGCCACGGGGCUUCCUAGGGUGGCCGUGACUGUCAGCCCGCAGGGCAGGACUAGAGUCACGUGGUUUCAUGCUGCCGAGAGGUAUGCCGCCGGAACUGACCCGGACUGCUGCUGAGAGCCGAAAGGAGGCUUGAGCAGUGUUGCUCUGGCCUCAUGACCCCAGAACUUCAGGCAGAGCAGCUCGCUACUGUAUGUUCUAUAAAUCAGCACGAGACAUUUAAAAUAUUACAAAUAAAAAAAGCAAAACAAAACAACCGUAAGUUUAAAACUGCUGUCUCACUCAUGACCAGUAAUGAGGACUUCCGUAUACUGGAUGUCGCGUGAAUGCACAAGGCUUGUAAAGUUUACUUUGAAAAAGGAGAUGUGUUUGAUUGAGGGCAAAUACAGAAAAUCUUAAGACUGAUGAAUGACAAGGUAGCCGCUGUAGAAAACAACCUGGGAGAGCCAUGGGGCCCUCUCUGGAAGGAGGUGUCCUUCCUACCUCCCACCCCAGCAGAGCGGUGGAGAUUGUAUGUGGAAAAGUCCGGUCUCCUUCGACCUCUGUAGAAUCGUGCCAUUCUACUUCAGUUGAGCCUUUGAUAUAUAUACUGUCUCUGAAACCAAAUAGUAAAUUUCAUCCCUGUGAAGAAAAACCUUGAUAAUGUAUGAACUGGACUUCAUAGCUUUCUUAGAAAAAUCAGCUAAAAUGAGGGAGCAAACUCCUCAAUUUGACACAUUUGAUAUGGAUGCUUUUAAUUCGGCCCAAAUUCCUGCUGAGUGAAGUCCUGUAAAAUUCAAGGAUAAUCAUGAAAAUCCAAAUGUUGUCAUCCUCUGAUUCACUGAGGGUAAACAAUGGAAAUGGAAUACCAGAUGCUCAUGUACUAGUGCCUUUAACUUUGCCUUCCCGUCUCACAGUCUUAAGCUGGGGGCAGGGUAGCAGCCAGUAAGACAGUAGCACGCUAUAGAUGACCAUAGCACACUAUAGUCGUCAUCACACAGCAUCCUGGCCUUGAUGGUGGCUGGACUCAAAGAUAAAUCCCGUGGCUAAGCCCCAAGUGCAGAUAAUGUCUUAUCUCUAGAACAUUUAGUUCUUUUGGCUUUAUAAUCUUGCAAAUCACAUGUGAGAAACCUACGGAUUGUGGUUAUAAAUUUCCAAUGUCUACACAACACAGAGAUGGAAGCUUCUUGCUCUAGAAGCAUUUUCUUUAUAAGUGGCACGAUCAUUACAUCACUGAGGUCUAGUUAGCUAAUGCACUUGUAGCACAACGGGUUUCCCCAUAAGUCCUUUAUGUAACUUGCCCUUGAUUAAUGUCCCCACAGAAAGUAUAGAUUAUGGAGACACAUAGGCACAGAGGCUAAAGGAUUCCUUUCUUCUACCCCCAAUGUGCAUAUGAUUCUUACCAGCCUGGGGAGAUUCAAGCUUGUUCCCAAAUUACCAGGCAAUGAAACAUUUCAAAGUUUUUAUGGUAGUUGUCAAGUGAGUAACACCACCUUCUCAUCUGGCAUUAGAUUAAAAACAAUACAUUUGGGGGUGGCUUUGUUUUUACUUAGCUUCUUUGGACAUGAGGACAGCACAGAGGACCUCUGUCCCUAAAUGCAGAAUUUUUGUGCUAUGCACAAAAUGCACUCUUUUGCCUGCUUGCUGCAGCUUUUGUCUGUACUCGGAGAGGGCCUCCAACUGCAAAUACUACAGGGGACACCAAAAUGACGUGAGGACGUUGAGUUAUCAUUACGCUAAAUGAGGGGGAUAAUUAUUUUAAAACCUAGAGGAAAUCCUUUCAUAGAUGAAUAAACCUUUGCAAUAUUAUAAUAUGUGAUGUUCUCCUUAAAAUAUUUAUGCAACUUCAAAUUUCUAUACCAAGUUGUAUAAAAUUAACAUGACUGUUAAAAAAAAAAAGAAUUGUAAUCACAUGAGGUCCAAAGGCCAGUCAUGAUAUGUGUGAGACUGUAAGCUAGUUCAAAACUCCCUCUGUGGUUUUCUUUGGUGUCUUCAUGUCAAGGCUUGGUGGUCCUAGCAGUGAGACUUCAUGGUUCAAAUGCACUACAAUCCACUGAAUGCUACAUCUGUUUCUGUGUGAUUUGAGUCUAACAGAAGAGUUAAGCCAAAUUUUGUAACUAUGCUUCUCUGUUUCUUGGACUAAAGGGAGUGUUUGGUCUGCUUUAGACGCUAGUGGAGAUGUUUAGAAACCACAUCCAAGCAGGACUUGUUUUAUAUAGACUGUCUGCUUGGUUACUCCAUUUCAUUGAGGAGAAAACAGGUCCAGGGAGUUUCAGAGUGAUGUUCCAAAGGUGGGCCAUCAGCAGAGACCUGGACAGGAUGCCUGCCUCCUGACCCUCUCCAGCCUUUCCACGGUACUGAUCAGUCACUGUAUAUUUGGAAUUGAAAACAAAGAAGCGCCUUACUGUUAUGUUAAUCUCUUCCUGGAAGCAUUUAAUGGUCUUUAUAUGUUCUUUCUGUGAUACGAAAUUAUCAUGCUUUGUAGAAUGUGAGUAGAUAUGCCAAAGAUUUUUAUCUCUUGGUAUGUUUUGGGAGUUCUUGACCAUUGAUUACAAUUUG